UAUGCUGUCCAGGGAGAGAAGAAUGAACACAGCACUGAGUAAAAGCCAGGGGCGGGCUGACAACUCAUGGUGCCCCCGGGCAAUAGGGGAUCAUGGGGCCCCUGUGUCCUUGCACAAACUCAAAAAAGCCUAUGAAAAAGGUACCAGGGGCAUCUCAUGGGGCCGCCUACUGACCCCGGGCCCUCGGACAGUGCCAAAUGUUUCCAAAUGGUCAGUCUGCCCCUGCACUUCUCCCAAAACAUAU